UUCACCUACCUAUCACAUAUUAAAGAAUAUCAUUUACGCCUUCUUUAUAAGAUUAAGGUAGCAAGUCAUAAGCAUGUAAUGUACUCCAUAUAGCUAGCUAGUACAUAACUCAGAAACAACAUAUUAACACACAGCUCAGACUCUGGGAGCUGUCUACUGGCAAAGAUGAAGUUCUCAACCCGGAUUCAAGCGAUUUUGUUGGUUGCUUUCCUCUAUCCGGAACUAAUGGUUCAGUCCUUGGUUCGACACUAUAACUUCAGGGUGGUGUUGAAGAACACAACAAAGCUCUGUUCAAGUAAGGUCAUACCCACAGUGAAUGGGAAGUUCCCGGGACCAACUCUAUAUGCAAGGGAAGGUGACACCGUAAUUGUUAGGGUCACCAACCAUGGCAAUCACAAUUUGACAAUCCACUGGCAUGGGGUGAAGCAACUUGGAACAGGUUGGGCAGAUGGACCAGCAUAUAUCACACAAUGCCCAAUACAGCCUGGACAAAAUUUCAUCUACAAGUUCACACUUACAGGACAAAGAGGCACACUUCUUUGGCAUGCACAUCACUUGUGGCUAAGAGCCACACUACAUGGUGCCAUUGUCAUCUUGCCAAAGCUAGGCACUCCCUACCCUUUUCCCACACCUCAAGAGGAAAGAAUCAUCAUAUUAUCCGAGUGGUGGAAAUCAGAUGUUGAAGCUGUGAUUGAUGAGGCUACACAAUCUGGCUUCCCACCAAAUGUUUCUGAUGCUCACACUAUCAAUGGCCAUCCAGGACCCGUUCCUGGUUGCUCUUCUCAGGGCUUCACUUUACAUGUUGAAAGUGGCAAGACUUAUUUGCUACGCAUCAUAAACGCAGCGCUGAAUGAUGACUUGUUCUUCAAGAUUGCUGGGCACAACCUAACAGUUGUUGAAGUCGAUGCUUCCUACACGAAACCAUUCCAAACCGACACGAUAUAUAUCAGUCCAGGCCAAACCACAACAGCACUUUUAGAAGCAAACAAAGAUAUUGGCAAAUACUUAAUAUCAGUCUCUCCUUUCAUGGAUAUCCCAAUUGGCAUUGACAACUUCACCUCAAUAGCUACAUUGCGCUACAAAUACACCCCUCCAAAUCCCACAACCUUCUUGACCAGCAUCCCUCCUCAAAACGCAACCCCAUUAACACACACAUUUAUCGACUCCCUUCGAAGCCUCAAUUCGAAACAAUACCCAGCUAAUGUCCCAUUAACCAUAGACCAUUCUCUCUUUUUCACCGUAGGAGUUGGUAUUAAUCCAUGUGACACAUGUGUUAAUGGUAGCAAGCUAGUGGCUUCUGUUAAUAAUGUUAGCUUUGUGAUGCCAACUAUAGCUCUUCUUCAAGCUUAUUACUACAGGAUAAAGGGAGUCUACACACUUGAUUUUCCAGCAAACCCACCAAACUCUUUUAAUUACACUGGUACUCCUCCAGUUAACGUCCAGACCACAAAUGGUACAAGGCUGUAUAGGUUGGGGUACAAUUCGACGGUUCAGAUUGUGUUACAAGACACUGCUAUCAUACUACCAGAGAGUCAUCCUACCCAUCUUCAUGGGUCUAAUUUCUUUGUGGUUGGGACAGGAUUAGGUAAUUUUGAUCCAGACAAGGACCCGAAAACGUUUAAUCUCAUCGAUCCGGUGGAGAGGAACACGGUGCCAGUGCCAACUGGUGGAUGGACUGCAAUCAGAUUCAGGGCAGAUAACCCAGGAAUUUGGUUUAUGCAUUGUCAUAUAGAAUUGCACACAACAUGGGGGCUCAAGAUGGCAUUUUUGGUUGACAAUGGGGAAGGCCCAAAUGAGUGUCUGCAACCACCUCCUUCUGAUCUUCCAACUUGCUAGGGAUGCUUGAGGUUAGACAAUCAUACAAGUGACCAGAAGAGAAAGGAAAGAAGCACCAAAAGAAAUAAAGUCAAGGUUUAGAAAGUGAUUUGAGUUGAAAAGAUAAAACAAAAAAAAUUAAACAAUACGCGCCAGAUAGGGGUCGAACCUAUGACCUUCUGCUUAGGAAACAGACGCUCUAUCCACUGAGCUACAGGCGCUUGUUGGUAAUCUAUCUUGUCUCAUAUAUACUUAUUGUAUUUCUGAGUCAUGUGUAUAUUCAAAUUCAAUUCAAUCCAUUUUUUAUGGAAGGCAAUGUAAAUAAGUGACAAUAUAAGUGAACAUUUUGUCGAGAAAAAUUACUAUUACACAAAUAAUGAAGCAAUACUUCUAUAUUUUUAAGGG